AUGUAUCUUUCCGUUCUCGUUUAUCAAGGUAUUAUCACGAAGGCUACUGACGACCAACGAACGAAAUUUAAUCAGUAUAAGCAUCACAGCUUCAAGAAGCGUUGGGGGCCCGGCAGUCCCGACGCACCCCUGGAUGACGAGUGGUUCGUCACCGAAUCCGAAUUCCACCAAGGAUACCGCGCCGGACUCCUCACUCUCAACAACAACGAGUGUCUUCCGGCUGAAGGCGACGGCUGCGAGCAUCAUCUUGCCGCCAUCUCAAACGGAAGCCUAUUUCAAGCCCCGCCGCCACCGUCGGGACGGGACCAGUGCUGGGGUAUGGAGCCACAAAAGAUUCGGGAAAUAUUUGACGAGGAGUGGCGUCGCGGCCCCCCGGAGGUUUUCGUGCCCAACGAGACGGUAGAGCCGUCGACACAGUGCCAGAAUGAGGACGGGGAUCCGUACUGGGACACUGACCGGUUCACCGCUGGCGGGAUUGCUGCCGUGGACAUCUACGAGGUGCUGCUUUUCAGGACGCCACGCCUGCUCGAAAGCCUGGACCACGUCUUCAGGCAACUCGCCCUUCCUCAGAUCCUCACCAUUCUCCUUGAUCUGGCUCGGCACAGACGCACCCAUCACAAUGCCGUCACCCAACGAAGCGUCCAGUUUACUAUGGUGGACCAUCCACCGGAGCGCACACUCGUUGACGGUCAGACCAUGCUUGCCAGCAGCCGCAUGAGUGAUCUCCAACGCUUCAAAGUAACAGUCGUGCCAGUACUUCCACCGCAGAUCGUGUCGGCCAUCAGUCGUCCCGCCACCUUCCAGUUCGUCUCCUCCAUCGCCGUGGUGGGCCACCAGCCUCUUCACACCAACAGCCCCGUUGUUCUAGAAGGCCGCGUGGACAUUGACUCAGCCCUGGCCAACGGCUACGGCGACGCCAAAUACGUCAGCGAACGUAAGCUGGACCAGACUCUGCAUCUACAUCCGUCGUCGUUCCGCGCGAUGAGUGUGCGCCUCGGCCAGGUUGCAGGCUGCAGCAACACCGGAUACCGGAAUGCUCUGGAACGUCUCCCACUUCUUGUGAAAUCGUCACAGACUCUGCGCUGUCUCCCUGACUUUGAUAAUGUGCUCUCUUGGACCUCUGUGGAACUAGUGGCCAGCACACUUGGCGGCUUUUUUCUCAACAGCGACGCUGGUGGCACCGCUAAGCCAAUUCACCAUAUCGACAACCCUGUGCGGCAGCCAUGGAAAGGGAUGGUGGGUGACGUGCUUGCUCCAGAGCUUGGCAUCCCACAGAGGAACAUUGUCCCUUUUGGGGAGUGGGUCAGGCGGGUGAGACAUUUCGUUAGGAGUGUGGAGAAAGACAACCCUGCGUUCGAACUAGUUGACUUCUUGGAGGGGAGCUUCGAAAGAAUGUCGUGGGGUGGGUUAUUGCUGGAUACUGAGAAAUCGAGACGGCGGUCUGAGACUUUGGCAGGUGUAGGACCAGUCGCGAAGCAGGUCACAAGACGGUAUAUUCAGUACUGGCGGGACACUGGCUUUCUGAAAGCUCGAUGGCAUUAG